CAUCGGCUGGCUUCGUGAGGCUUGCUACAUGCUGCGGUUGUCUUUCACAAUAAGGAAAUGGUCGGUACGCAAGUCGGAUGCUGUUGAUAGUAUCGCGUUUGUGCGUCGUGAGAGUCUGCAGUUGCCGUGCUUGCGUGCUUUGCGCCAUUUUCUUGAGAAACCAAGGAAUGCGCAAAACAUGUUAGCGGCGAGUUAGAAUUGUCCUCAGCAAACACCUCCUUUGUGACGGAAGCCAAAUCUUCGAUCUACACUCUCGCGUCAAAAGCCAACUCUCCAUCCUGCACUCUCGCACAAAAACCCAACUCUUCACUCCGCACUCUGGUGUCCAUUAGCAACCUCCACUAACCUUGUAGUGUCACUGAACCAGAAUACACACGGAACCACAGCUGAUAUGGCGACCCUCAAUGAGCUCGAAAAGCUCCUCCGGGAAAGGGCCACAGCAAUGGCGCCAUCCACGACACAGCUGGACGACUCACAGUACGAGGCUGGUUUCAAGAUCCUCUCACAGGGAUCAGGGCGUAUGACUUACGAAGACUUCAUCGUUCCUCAGCUCUCUCGGCUGCUGAAGCCUCUAUGCGAGUCACAUGGUCGUAUCUCGGUGCUCGAGGUCGGACCAGGCCCAGAGAGCGUGUUAGGUUGGCUGUCUGAGGAGUUAAGACAGAAGAUUAAGAGAUACGUUGCAUUUGAGCCGAACGAGCAGUUUGCCGCUAGGCUCGAGGAAGGGUUCUGCCCAGAAGGCGGAGAACGCUCACUGCCAUCCCUGGAAAGCGCUGCAAUUGUUCGCCGAAUGCCAUUCACUCUAGAGAGCGGCGGCGCGACUGGUUAUGACGAGAAGUUUGACGUCGUCUUGUUCUGUCACAGCAUGUAUGGCAUGAAGCCAAAGCGCGCAUUCAUCGAACGAGCGCUGAAUUUGCUAGUUGGUGGACAAGAUGGCGGAAUAGUGGUGGUUUUCCAUCGUGAGGGGAGCCUCUCUCUCGAUGGCUUGGUCUGCUAUCGAACGGCUUCUUUUCCUACGGGAAUCAUUCGAGUGGAGGAUGACGAUGAGAGACUAGACUGCCUUGCGCAAUUCAUUGUGGGAUUCUCCUUGAAGGAUACGGAUGCGAAGGAGGCUGUGCAAUUGGAGUGGCGCAAGGUAUGCCGCACCGUAGGCCGUCGUGAGCAAGACCAGCCAGGCCAUCUCUCCUUCAAUGCGCCAACUAUCAUGGUGGCCUUGACCCGACACGCGACUACGUUGCCGGAGCUGAUGGCACAGGUGUCAUUAGUGAGCGGAGACAACAUGAUUAAAAAUCGGCAUGCUCGCCUUCACCAGCCUGCCUGCAUCAUCAGGCCACAGACCGUUCAAGACAUCCAAAAGUGCGUGCGUUGGGCUCUGGAUCGCGCAUUCAAUAUGACCAUCGUCGGUGGGGGGCACAGCGGCCAUUGUCUGCAGCCAAAUGUCGUCGCGAUCGACAUGGGCACCUUCGAUCAGGUGGACAUCUUCGCCGAGGCGCACGACACCCUAGCCGUCGUAGGGGCCGGUUGCAAGACCGGAGAUGUCAUCCGCAAGACAAUGGCGGCGGGAUUCACAAUUCCUCUAGGAUCUCGCCCAAGCGUAGGCGCGGGACUAUGGCUGCAAGGUGGGAUCGGGCACCUGAGUCGGCGUCACGGGCUGGCAUGCGACGCUGUUGUCGGUGCCGUUUUGGUUAGCGUCGCCUCUGGUCAGGUCUUCUACGUCGGUCGUGUCCCGAGCCCAUAUCGACCGCCAGAUGCAGUGCGCCCAGCAAACGACAGCGAGUUGUUAUGGGGGCUGAAAGGGGCCGGAACCAACUUUGGCAUUGUGGUCAGCGUGAUUUUUGACGUGUUCAAGGCUCGAACUUAUUCCAUCUACAAUUGGGUCGUCCCACUGGAUGAUCCAAGGGAGGUACGACACAAGCUCGGCCGAUUUGACUACCUCGCCAAGUUUACGCCGGACGUUUCUACAGACGGGUAUCUGUAUUGGGACACGGGGAAGCUGCAUCUCGGUAUCACGAUGUGCGCACAUUCCAACGUGCCCAUCGAUGGACUCACGCGGGCCAUGCAUGAAAACUUCGGCCCAGCACAGAGUUCUCAGACGGUAGACGGCGUCGGCUUGUUUGAGACAGAGAUGUACAUGUCUGGAAUGCACGGUGGACACGGCGGCGGCAAGACGUCUGCGUUCAAGCGGUGUGUCUUCCUGAAGGCUACCGGCGGCAUCGACAUCGCUGACGCGUUGCUCGCAGCCCUGGAGACCCGUCCUUCUCCUCGUUGCUAUCUCCAUCUGUUGCACGGCAGCGGCGGCGGAGUGGGCGGCGUGGCGAGCGAGGCGACAGCAUUCGGAUGUCGGGACUGGGAGUUCGCGUGCGUGGUGACGGGAGUUUGGGAUCGCCAGCACGACGGAAGUGCCAUUGCUCGAGCGGCGGAGCGGUGGGUGUACGAUGUGGUAGAGCGAUGCUUGACUUCGACCUCGUGCACGGGAGUCUACGGCGCGGACCUGGGGCCGGAUCCACGUGAUGCGCACUUGGCAUUGCGCGCAUUCGGGCCGAACCUCCCGCGGCUUGCUCGGCUCAAACAGAUAUACGAUCCACACAACGUCUUGGCAUACGCCUGUCCACUCCCCACCGCCGCCUGUCCGCUCUCCACCACCUCUCCGCUCCCUACCACCUCUCCGCUCCCCACCGCCGCUCCGCCCACCCGCCUUAUUGUCCUGGUCACCGGCCACAGCGGCGCCGGCAAGGACUAUUGCGCUCUCCGGUGGGCUUCCUCUCUCCGCGACCAGCACAACAUCACAGCGCAGGUGGCCCGCAUCAGCGAUGGUACUAAACAAGAGUAUGCCGCCGCGACGGGUGCCAGUCUGCCGCGUCUGCUGGAGGAUCGUGCCUAUAAGGAGCACCACCGACCAGCGUUGACUGCCUUCUACGCCGACCAACUGCGUCGACACCCUCAUCUGCCUGAACUUUUGUUCAGUCGCAUGCUCCACGAUGCUGGGGAUGUGGACGUGCUGUUUGUGACUGGUAUGCGAGAUGAGGCGCCAGUCGCAUCUUAUGCCCACGUAGAUUCAGACCGCAGGUUUCUCGAGGUCAAGGUGACUGCGUCUAAAGAGACGCGAAUGGCUCGUCGAGGGUAUCCGGGCGGGGACGAUAACUGUUGCAAGGACCUCCUAGACUGCAGUGACCGUAACAACUGUCCGAGUCUGGUCUUCGAGAAUGAAAAUACCGCAGACGCGGACAGUGUCGAAACCUUCGCCGGUACCUACAUCAUUCCCUUUGUUCAACCAGAGGGUUCCCUGCAGCAACUCAAGGACUUGGUGCGCUCCGUCCCUAACUUCCCACACUGGGGCAUCGAUUUUCGCGAUGUGCUCGGCCUCAGUCAACACAAAACCAGCUUGGAUUUGUGCACAUCUCUAUUUGAGACCCACUUCGCAGAUGACUGGAGCACAGUCGACACGAUUGCUUCUUGCGAGACGAGCGGCUUCGUGUUUGCGACGGCGCUGGCCUUGCGGGUCGGAGCAUCAUUGGCACUGAUCCGUGAAGCCGGCAAAGUCCCUCCACCCAGAAUUUCUGUGUCCAAGUCUCUUUCGCACAUAUCCGCCUUGGGGGUUCGCCAUACUACAGGAGAGAAGGCCAUCGCGAUCGGCCGCGGCGUGAUCCGUACGGGCGCGUCCGUGGUCGUGGUGGAUGACGUCCUGGCGACGGGGAAGACGCUAUGUGCCGUGCUGCAGCUUCUCGCCGAAGCAAGAAUCAGUGCUGAUAAGAUCACAGUUAUGGUUGUGGCCGAAUUCCCUUAUCACCGUGGUCGAGAACUGCUGCGCCAGCAUGGUUUUGGCGGUAUCCCCGUCCAAAGUCUUCUGGUCUUUGGCGGUUCUUGAACACGUUUCGGGAAUCUGCCGCCUUCUCGCCAGGAGUCGACGCCAAUCGGGAUCAUCUGUAGGUGUUGUUGGAUUGCAUCUCGGUAUCAGAUCCCUCCAUAGAGUCAAGGUAUCGUGGAAGCAAAUAUGUUGUAGUAUGUAAAAAGUACAAAAACAAAAUAUCU